GCCAUAUUUGUGCGGGAGUCAGCGGUCGGUGAGGAUUUGUACUGUAUGGGGACAGAACACCGAGGCAGAGAUUUUUGAUUGCCUUCAGAAUUUGCGCAUUUUUUGCGUUCUCUUGGGGGUUAAGGUUAACCAAAGAUGUCUGAAGAAAUUGAAGGAACACGGACGGGUGAGGAGGGACUUGUUGAAGAUAACAAAGACAUGGAGGAUAUGGUGAUCCACCCUGAAAAGGCAGAGGAGGCCAAACUCAAGGCUCGCUACCCUAAUCUGGGGCACAAACCUGGGGGCUCUGACCUGCUCCGUAAACGUUUACAGAAGGGGCAAAAGUAUUUUGACUCUGGUGACUACAACAUGGCCAAGGCCAAGAUAAAGAAUAAGCAGCUGCCUGCCGCCACGACAGAGAAGGCUGAGAUCACAGGGGACCACAUCCCCACCCCCCAGGACCUGCCCCAGAGGAAACCCUCCCUGGUGGCCAGUAAACUCGCCGGCUGAUACACACACACACAGCCACUGUCCCAGAUCCCUAAGUCUAUAUACAUACUACCCUUCUCAGCCACACCCCUACACUACUCCCUAGCACCAACUCUUCCCUUUUAGCCCUGACCUUGCCCCAGAGGGAGCUCUCCCUAAUGGCGAGUGAACUGGCUGCCAUUUUACCACCCCUAGCCCUGGCACUGUACCUGACCCCCCGCCCCUCCUCCUUUUCCUGCAUCGCUCUCACAGACUACUCUUCUUCAUCGUAGCCCCCACUCCUCAUCCAUCCAUUUCUUUGUUCCUUUUUUUUGUUUUUUUUUACUCCUGUGUGUAAAUGCACUGAAAGAAAGAACAUGCGUGUGUUGGAAGUGAACCGACUAUUAUGACCCUGCUCUCCUGUCGCAGAGCAUCGUGUUGUAACGCUGUUGUCAGUGGCUUUGGGGCGUUGAUUGGCACAAGCUGCACCAUCUCAGAAAGGUUUUCAGUGUCAUCUACGGUCCUGUAGUUGAAAGUGUACAUAUUUACUAGUGUUUUGAGUGGAGGCAGAUAUCAAGAGUUUUAGAAUGUUUUACAUUAGAAUCAUUGUAUUAUUCACAGUAUGUCCUAAAUUAUGCUGUAAUGUGCUUGAGUGAUUGAGUAUAACCCUUGAUAAUGGUAAUGACCAGACUGUUGGUUUUGUUGGUGUGUUCAUAUGAAAGCGUUGAGAGACACUGGUGGGUCACAUGGUGAGGGCCAGAGUGGUGUAUGAAAGUGCAUGUGUGACUUAGGGCUCCUAAAGGCAUCUAUUGCUCCAAGCUAACCUGGGACGUCAUUCAUUUUAUCUGCCCACUCAUUCAUCCAUUCAUUCAUACACACACACACACACUCAGGUGAGAUAUGAGUCCACCAGGUGGUAGGUGAUGACCGGCUGAGGAAGAGGUUGUAGUGCAGGUGUGGUUGAUGGUCUUAAAGCACUACAUCGUCUGUCGAAGCUGUGCAUGUACAUGACUGCCCUGCUGUCACUUUGUGCCGUUUUGUUUUGUAAAUAAAAUAGUUUUGCACAAAC